CAUUUCGAAUCAAUCCCCCAAAAGGCCCAAACUGAAAUCUAAAGCGACAUUCAAUCAUAGCAAAAGCGACAUUCGGCUGAAAAUCCAAAGACAUCCUUUGCUGUUUGCGUUGAUAUCUGAAACAGCCGUUGCUAUGCAUAGAUUGUAUACAAAAAUUGACUCGGUGUAAUUGUGCGCUUUGGUGCUUAUUUGGGGAGAUGAUGAACUGGACGAGAGUUUUCAAGUCUUUUCAAGUGGCGAUGGCUCAUGGCUUGCUUUUCUCCUUCUCUAUCAUUCUCUCUCUCAAGCUCGAUCAUGCUGUCAACUACUCUUGGUGGUUGGUUUUUUCCCCUAUCUGGUUAUUUCAUGCAGUCGUAGCAAGAGGAAGAUUCUCUUUACCUGCCCCUUCUAUGCCUCAUGGCCGACAUUGGGCGCCUUUUCAUGCCAUUGUGGCGGCUCCGUUGCUUAUUGCUUUCGAACUUCUCCUCUGUGUACAUCUCGAGAAAAUAUAUGCUGUAGAUUUGAAGAUUGUGUUUCUGCCUCUGCUAGCUCUAGAGGCUGCGAUUUUGGUUGAUAAUAUUAGGAUGUGUAGGGCCCUUAUGCCUGUAGAUGACGAUGUCGAUAGUAUGAGUGAUGAAGCUGUUUGGGAGACCCUCCCACACUUUUGGAUUUCCAUCUCAAUGGUCUUCUUCAUUGCUGCGACAACAUUUACGCUUCUGAAACUAUGUGGUAAUGUAGUUGGUCUUGGUUGGUGGGAUCUGUUCAUUAAUUAUGGUGUUGCAGAGUGCUUCGCAUUCCUUAUUUGCACUAAGUGGUAUAAUCCUUCAAUUCAUAGACGUUCACAUCUUACAGCAGCAACAGCAUCAUCAUCGUCGUCAUCAAAUAUCAGAUCUUUUACCUGGAAUAACGGUGUAUUAGUACCACCCAAUGAAGAGAAUCAAGAAAACAGAACGUGCAGUUUGCAAGACAUUGGUGGUCAUAUCAUGAAAGUUCCAUUGAUUGGUUUCCAAGUCGUGCUCUUCAUGUACUUGGAGGGAACCCCCCCUGCUGUUAGACGUAUCCCGAUUCCACUUUUGUUUUCUCCUCUUCUGUUGCUGCAAGGAAUUGGAUUUUUGUUCGCCAUAUAUAGAUUCUUUGAGAAAAUCUCCAUCUUACUUAAUGAUGAAGCUGAAACGGGAAGCAGCUUUAGGUUACCUGCUAGUGCUUAUGACUAUAUGGGGUUCCUGCGUCGUGGAUCAAGGUUCCUGGGAUGGUGGUCAAUUGAUGAAGGAAGCCGUGAAGAGCAAGCUCGAUUAUAUUCUUCAUGGGCUUCAGGGUACAAUACGUUCUCGCCUGAUACUGUCAAGAAGAUGCCGAAGUCUGAACUUGCUAAGGAGAUAGGGAGGCUUCAAUCAGCCCUCAUUUCACAAACAGAAAUCACAAAUAUCAGCCAGGAAGAGUUUGACAGACUUUUAAAUGAAAAGAUCCUUUGUCGAGUUUGCUUUGAUGAGCAAAUAAACGUAGUCCUGCUCCCUUGCAGGCAUUAUGCUCUUUGCAGCACCUGCUGCGAGAAGUGCAAGAGAUGCCCUAUCUGCCGUGUAUACAUUGAUGAGCGGCUCCAUGUAUAUGACGAUGUAUAGCUACUACCUACACCACAGGCCUCGCUAGUAGCCCUUCUAAAAAUGCGUUGUCGAAAUCGAAGACAACUGGUUCAAGUACAUGAACCUGGAGAGAGUGUUACAGAUCAUUAAGGUUGUCUUCGACGAAGAGAGAGGUGGAGAAGGGGGGCAGCUGGGCCUAUGAAGAAAACUAAUUUUGGGUUGAGGGUGACGUGGCAUAUUGAGGUCUAGAUAAGCUACCUGAACUAGAUAGGAGAGGCUUUGAAAUCUUGGUUCUAGAACAUGAAAAUGGGCCAUCUUUGUGUCUCAAAAUAGCUUUCUAAAAUUAGAGUUGCCAACUUUUUUGUUGCAUUUUCGACAUCAGAGGGUCUCCACAACCUGGGCAUUUAAAACAGGUGGGCAUAUUUUGUACAAAUUUUAAAGAAAUUGUGAGAUUAUCUAAUUUCAAACGAUUAAGACAA